AUGGAUGUGCGGACCAAGUGGCCUCUCCCUCUGUUUGUGCUGAGUGCUUUGCUGGCUGUGGGGGCCGUAGAAGUUUCAGUUGCCCUCCAUACCACCAAAAUAAAUACAUUGCACUUUGAAUGUAACAAUGAGGUGACAUGGGACAUAGCACUGUCCUCUGAGAAGGGACUAAGGCUCUUAGCAUCUUAUGGCACGUUCCUUUUAGGAUCCAGGAACCAGGACUGGCUUGGUGUCCCACAGCAACUUGAAACUAAGGCCUGGGACAGGCAGCUAUAUCCUGAGUGGACAGAGGUGCAGAGGCCUGACUGCUGGAGAGGAGGCCAGGUGUCUCUGAAGGUCAGAAAUGAUGGACCUACACUAGUUGGUGCAAAUGCUUCCUUUUCCAUUUCCCUGCACUUCCCUGAAAGCCAAAAGGUACUGCCAGAUGGGCAGGUUAUCUGGACCAACAACACCAUUGUCAAUGGGAGCCAGGUGUGGGGAGGACAGUCAGUGUAUCCACAGGAACCUGAUGAUGCCUGCAUCUUCCCUGACGGUGGACCCUGCCCGUCUGGUCCUCAGCCUCCCAGAAGAAGCUUUGUCUAUGUUUGGAAGACCUGGGGACAAUACUGGCAGGUUCUGGGGGGCCCGGUGUCCAGGCUGAGCAUUGCAACAGGCCACCAGAGGCUGGGCACACACACCAUGGAAGUGACUGUCUACCACAGACGGGGUGCCCAGAGCUACGUGCCCCUUGCCCAUUCCAGUUCAGCCUUCACCAUCACCGGUAAGAGGAACAAGACCAGGAAGGCAGAGGGCGUGAGGUGGGGAGGCUGGCUUGGCCGAGAAAGAGGAAGUCACCUCCAACCUUCAAAGGGGAGGGCCAGAAAGACCUGGGCAGAGGAACAGGAGAGGAAUAACGAACGACUGGCUGGUCAGCUUGUGUGUGAAGAAGAAUGUGACUCCGCCUGUUUCUUGUUUUUUCUGGUUCCAACCCCAGACCAGGUCCCCUUCUCAGUGAGUGUGUCCCAGCUGCAGGCCUUGGAUGGAGGAAACAAGCGCUUCCUGAGAAAUCAGCCUCUCAUCUUUGCCCUCCAUCUCCACGAUCCCAGCGGCUAUUUGGUUGAGGCUGACCUCUCCUACACAUGGGACUUCGGAGACAACACUGGGACCCUGAUCUCUCGGGCAGUCGAGGUCACUCACACGUAUCUGGAGUCCAGCUCAGUCACUGCCCAGGUGGUACUGCAGGCUGCCAUUCCCCUUGGUCCCUGUGGUUCCUCCCCAGUCCCUGGUACCACAGAUGGCUACAUGCCAACUGCAGACGCACCUGGAACCACAUCUAGACAAAGGACCACUACAGAAGUUGUGGGUACUACAGCUGGCCAGAUGCCAACUGCAGAGCCCUCUGGAACCACAGCUAUACAAAUGCCAACCACAGAAGGCAUAACUACUACUACUACCUCCGAGCAGCUGCUGACCUCAGCGGUCCUAGAUACCACACUGGCAGAGAUGUCAACUGUAGAGGGUGGAGGUACCACACCCACAAGGCCCACCGGAACCACAGAGUUGGUAGAAAAUACCACUGGAGAGUUACCAACUCCUGAACCCAAGGGUCCAAAUGCCAGCACAUCUCAGCCUACACAAAGUUCUACAGGAUCCAUCACCCCUCUCCUGGAUAGUACAGACACCUUAAUGCUUGUGAAGAGACAAGUCCCUUUGGAUUGUGUUGUGUAUCGCUAUGGCUCUUUUUCCCUCACCCUGGACAUUGUCCAGGGUAUUGAAAAUGCUGAGAUCCUGCAGGCUGUGACAUCCAGUAAGGGUGAUGCGCUUGAGCUGACCGUGUCCUGCCAAGGCGGGCUACCCAAGGAAGCCUGUAUGGACAUUUCAUCACCAGGGUGCCAGCCCCCUGCGCAGAGGCUGUGCCAGCCUGUGCCACCAAGCCCAGACUGCCAGCUGGUCCUACACCAAGCCCUGAAAGGUGGCUCGGGGAUCUAUUGCCUCAAUGUGUCUUUGACUGAUGCCAACAGCCUGGCAGUGGCCAGCACCCAAAUUGUUGUUCCUGGCCAAGAAGGCGGCCUUGGGCAGGCUCCCUUGCUUGCAGCAGGUGUGUUACUGGUGUUGCUGGCUGUGGUCCUUGCAUCUCUGACAUACAGGCGCAGGCUUAGGAAGCAGGGCUCAGUUCAUCCUGUUUCCCAAAUGGCACACGGUAGCACCCACUGGCUGCGCCUGCCCCCAGUCUUCCGCACUUGCCACACUGGCGAAAACAGCCCGCUCCUAAGUGGACAGCAGGUCUGAGUAACCUCACGACACUGUGCGUUUCCUGGGGUUAACAGCAAUGCCUGCAUCCCUGCAA